GCUGGGGCGGCGACGGCGGCUGCCCCUGAUCACUCUGCCGCCGGGCCGUCAGUGCACGCAGCUGGAAGCGGAUCGACCCGCCGGCCGAGACAGGUUGCCUUGUGGAAAUGCAGGUUUAAAGAUAGGUUAUCUACCAGAUUAGAAGAUGGGAUCGAAUAGCAGCAGAAUCGGUGAUCUUCCAAAAAACGAAUACUUAAAAAAGUUAUCAGGCACAGAAUCUGUCUCUGAAAAUGACCCUUUCUGGAAUCAGCUUCUCUCAUUUUCUUUCCCUGCACCAUCUAGCAGUACCGACUUGAAGCUUCUGGAGGAGGCAACCAUUUCAGUCUGCAAAUCUUUAGUUGAAAACAAUCCUCGAACAGGAAAUCUUGGUGCACUAAUCAAGGUCUUCCUUUCUAGAACCAAAGAACUAAAACUUUCAGCAGAAUGUCAGAACCACAUCUUCAUUUGGCAGACGAACAAUGCUUUAUUUAUUAUUUGCUGUUUGCUGAAAGUGUUCAUCUGUGAGAUGUCAGAGGAGGAAUUACUAGCUCACUUUACUUAUGAAGAAAAAUCUCCUGGCAGUUACUGUUCUGACUCAGAAGACCUUUUGGAAGAAUUGCUCUGCUGUUUGAUACAGUUAAUCACUGAUAUUCCACUUCUAGAUAUUACAUAUGAAAUAUCAGUAGAAGCUAUAACAACAUUGGUUGUUUUCCUUUCCUGCCAACUUUUCCACAAGGAAGUUCUGCGACAGAGCAUCAGCCAUAAGUAUUUGAUGCAAGGCCCGUGUCUUCCAUACACCAGCAAACUCGUGAAAACCUUAUUAUAUAACUUUAUCAGACAAGAAAAGCCACCUCCUCCAGGAGCCCAGGCUUUCCCACAGCAAUCGGAAGGGGGAGGACUACUUUAUGGACUUGCAUCAGGAGUAGCAACUGGACUCUGGACUGUCUUCACACUAGGUGGCGUGGGCAGCAAAGCGUCUGCCUCUCCAGAACUUUCUUCCCCUCUGGCCAACCAGAGUCUCCUGCUCUUGCUGGUGCUGGCCAACCUGACAGACGCUCCAGACGUGCCGAACCCUUACAGACAGGCCAUAAUGUCCUUCAAGAACACACAAGAUAGCAGUCCUUUCCCCUCGUCCAUUCCACAUGCUUUCCAGAUCAACUUUAACAGUUUGUAUACAGCGCUGUGUGAACAGCAGACAUCUGAUCAAGCAACCCUCCUCUUGUACACUUUGCUGCAUCAGAAUAGUAAUAUCAGAACAUACAUGUUGGCUCGCACAGAUAUGGAAAAUCUUGUUUUACCAAUUCUUGAGAUCUUGUAUCAUGUUGAAGAAAGAAAUUCACACCAUGUGUAUAUGGCCCUUAUAAUACUGUUGAUACUUACAGAGGAUGAUGGCUUCAAUAGAUCCAUCCACGAAGUGAUAUUAAAAAAUAUUACUUGGUAUUCAGAACGGGUUUUAACUGAAAUUUCAUUGGGGAGUCUCCUGAUUCUGGUCGUAAUAAGAACCAUUCAAUAUAACAUGACAAGGACAAGAGAUAAGUAUCUUCACACAAAUUGCUUGGCAGCGCUAGCCAACAUGUCGGCACAGUUUCGUUCUCUCCAUCAGUAUGCCGCCCAGAGGAUCAUCAGUUAUACCUGCCGCCACUUGCGGAGAUAUGUGUAUGUGUUGGACAAACUGUAUUUCCCCCACUCUCACUGUUCUACGCUUCAGCGUUGCUUCUCGACCCUCAGUGACAAUGGAGAGGAACUCUUGUCUCUAACUUGCUCUCACAUUCUCAGAUCCUAUGCUUCCAGUUUGUUUUCUCUGCUGUCUAAAAAGCACAACAAAGUUCUAGAACAAGCCACACAAUCCUUGAGAGGUUCACUGAGUUCCAAUGAUGUUCCUCUACCAGAUUAUGCACAAGACCUAAAUGUCAUUGAAGAAGUGAUUCGAAUGAUGUUAGAGAUCAUCAAUUCCUGCCUGACUAAUUCUCUUCACCACAACCCAAACUUGGUGUAUGCACUGCUUUACAAACGAGAUCUCUUUGAACAAUUUCGAACUCAUCCUUCAUUCCAGGAUAUAAUGCAAAAUAUUGACCUGGUGAUCACCUUCUUUAGCUCAAGAUUGUUACAGGCUGGAGCUGAGCUGUCUGUGGAGAGGGUCCUGGAAAUCAUCAAGCAAGGUGUUGUCGCACUGCCCAAAGACAGGCUGAAGAAAUUUCCAGAACUGAAAUUCAAGUAUGUGGAAGAGGAACAGCCGGAGGAGUUCUUUAUCCCCUACGUCUGGUCUCUCGUCUACAACUCAGCAGCAGGCCUGUACUGGAACCCGCAGGACAUCCAGCUGUUCACAAUGGACUCUGACUGAGGGCAGCGUGGCCUCUGCCCUGGCCUCCCUCCAGCCUCGCAGCCCUCUAGUCACUAUUUCUGGGGAAUGGCAGUAGACAGAUCGCCCGGUGUGUCUUCUAUUAAGGAAGAGUACGCGUGUGUGUUUCUCUGGCACAUUCAGAGAAUUGGUGCCGGUUGGCAGCAUAUCACUCAGCUUAGAUUGUAGCGCAAGGGGUGGGGCUUGGGGGCACACCACAUUAAAAACCAUAAAAACUUGUUAUUCAA